AUGGUGAAGCCUAAGGACGGGAGGGGAGCCCUCGGUCAUCGGGAGUGGCUGCGAGAACUCGCGGAUUGUGACAGAAUUAUUUCCGAUGAGGAAGUGGAGGCCUUUGGUCAGAUUCCUGGUGACGGGACAGUGAACAGCGAGGAUGAGGCCGACGAGGAGCUCGAGGCCGAGCGUCUCAGGUUGAAUGACAUCCUUGGAUUGCCAACUGACACCUAUUCUCUCACCAGAAUAAAAAUCACUCUCCCCGAUUCCACAAAUUAUGGGGUUCGCUCUGGAAUUACUCACAUGAAGAUGAAGAUCUUCUCGCCGUUCUCCAGGGGCCUCCAAGGCGGUGCGAUAGGGAUCGCAGCACUGGCGACGUCAGGUCUUCGGAAGCCUCGUCUGUGGACCGAAUCCCUGAUGGAUCAGAUAAUUGAGGAUGGCGAUGCGUAUUUCUGUGAUUCCUACCGCGACAUCAAGACCCCCAACCGUCGGAACCUGACAGUUCUCCAGUUGAAAAAAUCAUUAAUAAUCCAGAGAAGCCACAAAGCCCUCGUCAACAUCGACGAGGCCGCCUACACCGGGACCUUCCGCUCGAUCAAGCCCACGGAAAUGCACCUGGUGAAGGCCCUGGAGCUCUUCUUCAGGAGUUACGAUGCAGCAGUGCUGAUCUCUCCAGGUCUGAGCAUCGCAAUCUGGCGGGAGGGCAAGGGAUUUAAUAUUUUCGAUGGACAACCACGGGACAGAAAUUUAAAACCCGAUGACAAUGGCUCUGCUAAAUUGAUAACUCUUAAUGAUCUCAAUGGAGUGUUUUUUAUUAUUCUUGAGAAGAGCAACGUGAAGAACGAGUAUUUCGUGCUGUAUCCGAUCGGGGUCAGGGGGAUUGUGAGGCUGUCGGAAGAUGAGGAUGAAGGAGGUGGACAGGAGCCGCCCCAGAGACGCCCGAGUGGGUACAUCAUUCAGGGAACAUUUAGGGCCCUCGUCAGGGGCUCAUUUCACCUGCACCAUCCGAGUAUUCCUCAGGAUCUUCAGGGUCGCAGUCACCUGAUCAUCGCGAUAGCCGCUCUGGUCUACUCUAGGCUCAUCAGCCCGGCCAAAUGGACAACUCCGAUGUUGGAUCUCAUCAUCAAUCAGUCCCACAUCUAUUUGGUGGAUCUCUUCAGGGUCCUCGAUAAGAAAUUCACUGACAACGCCUCCCUCGGCAUUGGGGACCUUCUCGGGGAUUUUUUCUUCGGUGUCUACGGGGCGAAAGUGAAAGUCUGGGAAAACGUCGUCCCUGGUCAGGCGAAAAAGGGGAAGAGUACGAUUGACUCUGGAUUCCGUGAUUUCUUCAAGGCCAACGAGUUGGGAAUUCUCGAGGUGAAGAGAACAUUUUACGCGGUGUGGAAGGACAGCGGUAAGUUUUACUUUCUCGACCCCUUCGGGUGCGACGCCGAGGGCUUCAGGGUCGACCCGAGUGACCCUGACGAGCAGAUCAGGUACCAGAGUGCAGCUGCAGGACUGACCAUGAACAGUUCCAUCAAUGAACUCAUGGAGGUCAUCCUGGAGAACACUGGAAACACCGAGAAGGACCCGUUCUUUCUUCACGGGGUUCAGGUGCUUUACGUGAAGACCCACUCGUCGGUGGAUGCACCUGGUGGGACUGUCGUCUUCAGGGAGAAGAGGACAAAUCGAAGACCUGUUCCUCCGGCACCACCUCAGGCUGGGUCUGACCACUGUGUGGGAAAAAUUGAUGCGAUCCCCAGGCCCAGGAUUGGCGACGAGAAGACGAAGACCGUCGAGAGUCAAUUCCCGCAGCCCAUGACCAAUGUUCGAGACUUCAUGAAGACAGAGGAGGAAUUGACGGUGUUAGGAACGGAUCACGCAGACCUGCAGCCGAUUAAAUUCUACAAGAUCGUGAAUCCUCGGAGGAUUAUCCUUCAGGGAUCGAAGAACUGUCUGUCUGAGGAAUUCGAUGAAAAUUCCCGGGGCCGUCAGUGUUUGUCCAUCGCUCUGGCGGUCAUCUCCUUCGCGAAGGUCAAGCCUUCAGGUAAAUGGAGGAGUACAGAUCUGGAUUAUUUAAUCGCAGCUGGCAACAGAGCGCAUGAGGAUCUGAUCAAGUGGAUCCAGAAGGGAAGUCCGAGGCUGACGGAAGAGUCCGGAGACGUUGAGGAUGAGGGAGAGGAUGAAGAGGACGAAGAGGACGAGGAAGAGGAGAAUGAAGAGGCUGAGGAUGAGGAUGGAGAUAGACAAUUGGGCAGAGCACCAAGUCAUGUGGACGUUUCGAUGCUGCCCCCUCGGAUGAAGUUCGGAGAAUACGACGUGAAGUUCUCCAGCAGAAUGUCGAUAUCCCAAGGGGACGCCGACCCCAUCGUCAAUCUCGGUGAAGCUCUCGACAGAUAUUUUAUUAAGUACCAUGAACUGAUACUCGAGAACAAGCGGUUGAUGUAUCCCUUGUGGAAGUCAAAUGGAAAUUAUUUCGUUUUCAAUCCUUACGGGAGUGACGACGAGGGCUGGAGGCUGAGAGGACACCCUGGGAGUCUCAUCGUCACCGAUUCUGUCAAUGAACUUGUCGAUGUGCUCCACGGAAUUCUCGAGUUCAACGACCGCAAGUUCUCCCUGCAUUUUGUUCACAUCGAGACGGUGGGACCGGGGAAUAAAUAUAAAUCCCCGGUUGAGGUGGAAACACCUGUUGAGGACGUGGAGAAGUAUCAGGUCGUAUUCCUACCGGUGACUGAUGCAGAUGUGGCGGCCCUGAGGCCAGAGCCGACGGAAGAUAUCAGAGGUGGUGAAGAAAAUGAGGAGUUGGAGAUUGCUGAGGAAGAAGAAGAGGAAGAGGAAGACGAAGACGAAGAAAAGGAAGAAGAGAAUGAAAAUGAAGAUGAGGAGAAUGAGGUUGAGGCAGAGGGUGAAGAGGCUGGGGAAACCCUGGGAAUUCCUGUUCAGGAGGCACCCCUGGUGGACCCUCUCCUGGAAGUUCCAGAACAGGACCGACCAGAUGCACCAGAACAGCUGAAUUUUUUUCUCAUAACGACAAACGUGAAGCUGGAGGACGAGGAAAUCGAUGAGAAUGCCAGGGAAGCCCUGGAGUACGAACGUUUGAAGUACAAUCAUCCACCCCCGUAUGUCCUGCCCCCGAAGAAGGUCCUCGCAAUGCUCCUGGCAGCCAAGAAAGCCACAAAAUCCAUUCCCUCGCUCGUCUCCUGUUUUUCCAUUGACUCCAGAUUAGCAGUCAAGACAGACCUACCACCUGUUGACACUGACAAUGUCCCUGUAAUUGAAUCCCCGUCAGCCGAGAGUAAUUCAAAGUUAAUUAAACUCCCACCGAAGAAGUAUCUCUUCUCUCGAAUUCCACCCAUUGGCUUCACACCACUCAGGGCUAUCAAUGAAAAAUUCAUUCACGAUGAACGAGUGGAUGGGAAAAUGGAUGGAGAUUGCAGGAGUAAAAAAUUAAAAGCAACAACUUCGGAGAGUUUCUACUUGACUGAAGUGCCUCAAGUACUGGGGGGCGUCAGAAUUCAACCAUCAAUUAUUCCACUUGGACCGGUGAUAAUGACACCUACUCCGAAAUUCAAAGUGAAGCCCUGCCACGGGGAGAAGAUGCAGUGUCGAUUAUCGGAAGUUGAGAGAAGAGAUUUUAAUCUUGAGAAAAUUGUUUGUUAUACCGAGGAUAUUCUCUUCGAUAUGAUUUUUCCAAUGCUGAAGUUCGAUGAACGAGCUGAAGAGGAAGAAAAAGUUAAAGAAUCUGAAGAAGUGGAGCCCCUAGAAUUAGGUCUUGAAGAAGAAAGAGAAGACACUAUAAAUCCCGAUGAAAAUGGCUCGGAAAUACCUCCCAGUGAAGACCCUGAAGAGAUCGAUGGUGACGUUCCUCAAGACCUCGAAAAAGUCCCCGAGACAAUCGGUCUCCACUACGUCAACGAUUCUCUCUCGAUUCUCCGAGGAAACAGCCGCCUAGAAUUUCAGGAAAUCCCUGAUCACCACUUGAAUGCUUCUUACUUCGCAGCGAUUCUCUGCAUUCUCGGAAAAAUAAAAACCGACGUCAGCGAAAUUCCCAGCACUCUCCUGGACGAGAUCCUCCUGUUCUCGAGGAAGAUCCACACAAAAACCGGAAACCUGCGGUACAAACUCUUCCGAAUCUUCCGAAACUUGGAAUUCAUGGGAACAAAAUUCAACGUAAUCCUGAAGCAAACGGCAUACGCAGACCCGGAGAGCUUCGAGGGCGACGAGUUGUCGAAGAGAUUACAGUUGUACCUGCAGAGUCACGCCACAGGAAUUCUCGUCUUCAGCAGCGGUUCCUACGGAUUCUGGUGUUCAAACGGGAAUUUCUACCUCUUCGAUCCUCACUCCUGCGAUAAAGAUGGUAAACGCCAGGAGACGGGCACCUGCUGCCUCCUGGAGUUCUCGACGAUCGAAGACUUGACGAGAAAAAUCGAAGAGAAUUCCGGAAUAUCAAAAAACGAGCCGUACAGAAUUCACACACUCUGCAUAACCCACAUGGAGGAGAUAAAACCGAAGAGGAAGCCGAAAAAAGUUCCUCAUAAAAAAUGCAAGACCGAGGAACUGUCUAGUGCACUGGAGAGGGACGAGCCAGAGGUGACGGUGUCCCCAAAACCGAGCGUCUCAUUAAUCGAGUUAAAGAGCUGGCUUAAUGAUCACCGGAGGCCAAUGCCUUUCGACGUAACCCAUCAAACAUUCAGAGCCCUGAAUAAUUUCCAAGCAGCCGCCCUCGAGGUGCCUGUCAUUGUCAAUGAUAUAACGCGUCCUAAUUUACCUCCAUUCAAAAGAUCGAUCGAACCAAACACUCGAAUUCGUCGAAAACCGUUCGACCGUAAAUUCAAAGAGCACUCGAUUAUUCUCGAACCGAUCGAUCUCUGCACAAUGGCGUGGGCCUGUAUCCGCGAUCCCAAGGAGUGGGGAACGAGAACAAUCAAAGGCAUCUACGAAGCCAGUCAAGAUCUGGCAUUUGACAGUCUGUUGGCAGCUGAAGAUUCGACAGUGUCCGGUAUGAUUGAUGGAUUGCUCCCAGAAUUUGAGAUCGCGAAUUAUAGAUUUAUCUCUGUGUUGGCACCGAUGCACGUGGGUAAGUUGUACGCGACCGAAGGGUGGAACCUCUCGAUGUCCCUGAAGAAAAUAUUUGAUACGCCGAUAUAUUCCGGGGCUGUUUUGCUCUGCGAACGAGCGCACAUCGGUGUCAUGAAGCGAAGAGAUUGCUUGUACGGCUGGUGGGGGGUGACCGGAACGAAGAACUUGAGGAUCAUCACGUCCAAUUCAUUCGAGGACUUCCUCAAGCUCCUAGUGAUGGAGAUCGAUGAACCUGAGGAGGUGGAGUUUAAGAUGCGUGUCGUUACGAUCUCCUACGCGAGAAAAAUGGAUCCUGAUUGCGAUGACCUGAGGGGUCUCCAUGAGCCCGCGAUCACUUCUUCGCUGCCCCAAAUUUAUCGAUACGACGGCGAGCCCUACGAUAUUGAAGAAAUGUUCAGGGUGACUGUGCCUUCUCCAGGGCCGCUGUUUAUUCCGGGAACUGUGGCUAUAGAUCACAGGGACUCCAUCAAGGAACCGUCCUUGAAGCGCUGCUACUUCGUAGCUGUUGUCGUUCUCAUGGUGAAGAGAGAUGUGAUGCAGAGCCCAAUGGCCUCGAUGAUUGAUAAAAUUCUUCAAGUCGCGGAUAACUUGUACCGGGAGUUCAAUAACCCGGUGUACCACACUGAACACAUCCUGAGAAACAUCACCAUCAUGAACAGGAUCUUUGAUUUCAGGGAUGUGGCAUCGGGUUUGAUGCCCUUCACUGAGAACCCUAAAACAGGGCAGAGCAAUUGCUGCGAUCUCGUGAGAACAGAGAUGAAGAGGCACUUCAAGAGACACAACGACGGCAUUCUGCACUUCACCAACUGCUGCUACGGCUUCUGGUACUCCAGGUCGACGGAUUGCUACUACUACUUGGAUCCUUACUCUUGUAAUUCAAACGGGAGGAGAUCCGUGAAUGGCAGCGCCUGUCUUUGUGUUUUUACUAACAUCUGUCAGAUGGUCAAGCAGAUAUUGUCUAAUAGAUCGGUGGAGACCACUGGCUUCUUCAUCCAUCGACUCCACGUGGAGUCCAUCAAUGUGGCGUCAUAUCCGACGUUCCAGGAGGAUCCGAUGUGGGUUUACCUGGACUACCACUGGAGCUCCCAUCAUGCCCCGAAGGUACCGAAGAAGAAGAAAAAGAAGAGAAAGGGCAAGAUUAGAGAGGACGAAGAGGAGAGUGUGGGAUCCCCGAGGAAGGGUUCCUGGAACAACUACACGAUCGAAGUUCCACAAUUAAUCUACUCCAUCUGGGGAACUCUCGGGGCCUACGACAGCCAUUUUGGGGAGCGCGCGGGCCGCAAUCAGGCCGCCAUUUGCUUGGCUGUUCUGGCAAUGCAGUAUCUGUGUCACCCGUCGAGGUGGACCACCGGAAUUUUGGACUCAUCCGUCAUCUGCGGGGAUAGUUAUCAUACAGAGAGUCUGAAGAACUCUGUGAAAAGGGGUUCAAAGUUCUCGAAUUUAUUCAAUCUUCAGCCCUGUUUUAAAGUUUUCCCCCACAUCUGGAGGAUCGAGUACCUUCCGUCUGUCUGUGGAACACUGUAUGGGGGAGGCGGAAGACAACCCCUCGCAGGUGUCCUGAAAGGGGCCCUCAAGGAGUCUAAGAAUAUUAUCCUGAAGUGUGGGAAGAUAACGCUUGCAUUACACUCCUCGGAGGACGGGUUUUACGUCGCCGAUCCCUGCUGGACCGGUCCUCCGUUGUUCCUGAGGAACCGCGGCGCCAUUUAUGUUCUGAGAUGCUACAAUUUCAAUACUCUAAUUUAUGCGCUAGUGAAGAUGAUAAACUCUAAUCAGAGGUUGGAGUUUUCCCUCACGCCAAUCGUCUUCGAGUUCAAACACGAGGUCUGCAGGUCCUCCGAGGAGAAGAGACACGUGGAGGGGAAGAGAAUUGUUAUGGACGCGGUUGGCAUUCGUCCGGGGAUCGCCCGUAGCCCAAGACUGCCAGUCUGUGGUGCCACGAUUGCUAAUGACGAGGAUGAUUAUGAAACCUACAGGAAGAAUAUUGAAAUCGGGAUGAAGUAUGGUGAGAGGAUGGAGCACCCGGUGGCGCCCUCUCCGAUGCCCUGUUUAGAGAGGGAUAGGACACGAAAUGUCCUCGUGAGCACAAAAUGGCGAACGCAUCGGGGAGUUUCCAAACCCAGAGUUCGUCGUUCACCACUGGUUGACCCCAGGAUUGCAAAACAAUUGGCGUCAUCGUCGUCCUCGGAGGAGUCCUUUGCCAAAAUCCUUGAAGACUGCGACCGAUAUCCCAGGAUUCUGGAUUUCACCGCUGAUAAGCACGUCGAGUCCCCAAUGAAGCGACUGACGAGGAAGAGGGUCGUGCCCGAGGCACCGCUGACUAAACCCUUGGAUUGUCUGCCACCGAGGAAAUUUAUCAUGAAGAGAAGCAAGAAGGAAUUCAAGAGGCGCACCAAGGAAAUGGCGGAUGACGUCUUUAAGACCUGGAAACAUAGGGUGAGGGAGGAUAAAUCGGAUGGCAGUGAGGGGGUGGCCGGGGGUGGUGAAACCGAUCGGGAGGAUGGGGAGGAUGGGGAGGAUGGGGAGGACGAGGAAGAUGAAGGUGAGGGAGAUGAUGAGGGAGAGGCUGAAGAGACUGACGGAUAA